CUCAAAACUUUCACGCUUAGAAAAAAAAUUGCGCCCGACCCCAAAACUGAAACACAAACCCUAAGCUCAGUGUCGACCUUCAUUCUCAACCUAAACUCGAGCUCCUCCUAAACUCGAGCUCCUCUUCCUCCUCCUCACCAUCACAAUCCUCCCUCCUCCAUUCUCAUGCGGAAUCUGAAGCGCCGAGAUCCCGACCUCGAUCUAAAAUUGAAGUAACAACUUUAAAUCCUGAGCCCGGCCUCGAUCUGAGAUUGGCAGAGUUGAAGAAAUUAAAGAGGAAUGGUUCUUUCCUCUCAAAAGCCCCACCGAAGUCGGGGUUGGAACCCUAAACCCGAACACAGCAACCCAACUGCACUCAACUGUGCCGUUUCUGACUCUCUCCGUGACUCUGUGUGUCGGUCUCCGCAGUCUCUAACUCUCCGUCUCCGCCUCUCCGGUCUCCCAUCUCCGAGUCUCCGUCUCCGAGCUCCAGCUACUUUCCCUCUCAACUCAAACCCUAGCCCCUCCUCUUCUUGUCUCACAGCUCGCCUGGGGCUACUGAAUGCGACCAUGGCUGACGUCGCCACCCAGUCGUGUUCUCGUUGCAGCAAACCCGCCAAUCUUCAGUGUCCCAAGUGUGUGGAAUUGAAGCUUCCUCGUGAAGAUGCCGCUUUCUGCACUCAGGAUUGUUUUAAGGCUUCAUGGAGCUUGCAUAAAUCGGUACAUUUAAAGGCCAAGCAGUCCAAUAGGGCGGGAAAUCCAGAGAACGAAGGCUGGCAAUAUUGCAUGAAGAAAGGACAGGGUCGAACUCCGAAACUUCCUUAUUUUGAUUGGACAGGGACAUUGAGACCAUAUCCUAUAUCUAGUAAGUGUGUGGUACCUUCUCAUAUUGAUCUACCUGAUUGGGCAGCUGAUGGAAUCCCAAAAGAGGAACCCAGUAGUGACCUGCAGCGUGUUAUUGAGAUCAAAACUCCGGAUCAAAUUGAGAGGAUGCGAGAAACUUGUCGAAAAAAGAUUGGCUUUCAAUUCACCGAAGCUGAGUGUCUCAAGAUUGAUGUAAAAGAGAAGAAAGUCUAUUGCCAAUCUAAUUUAGAGAAUGGGGAAAAAGAAAUUUUAGUGGACUACGACUACCUUGUAAUAUUUGUGGGAGCAAAUGUUAAUACAUUCAAUACUCCUGGUGUGAUGGAGAACUGCCAUUUCUUGAAGGAAGUAGAAGAUGCCCAGAAGAUACGAAGAACUGUUAUUGAAUGCUUUGAAAAGGCUAGCCUGCCAACUGUAAAUGAUGAGGAGAAGGAGAAAAUUCUUCAUUUUGCCGUUGUUUGAGGUGGCCCAACUGAGGUUUAAAGCAGAACAGCAACUACAGUGUCAAAGCUACAGAGUUUAAACUCAUGAGUCAUUACUGGAUACUUACUAGCAGGAUCUGCCAUUGGACCCAGUCACCCAGAGGCUUGAAUUUUGUCAGUGAAAUAGUCCAAGAGGCUUGUCUUUAUUCCUAUUUUGCUUGAUUGAUUCUUUCUUUGCGCUUCCCCUAUUGACUGUAUUAUGUUUUCAGUUGUUCCAUUUGCAGAUUCAAAAUCAUGAAUACUCAUGUUAUAUGAGAUUCAAAAUCACGAAUACUCAUGUUAUACUAGUUCGGUCUUUUGCCAUUCAGUAUAGGUGGAUCUAUAAUUUUCUUGUCAUUAAUUUAUGUGUGUUUAUAUUUGGUAAAGUCCAGUUAUAUUAGUAUUGAGAUUCACUGCCUUUUUAGUACCUUUUAAGCUCAGUCAUGUCGGUAUUUCUUUUUGUUGAGUUUAGUAAUACCAAAAAUCAUUGUCAUUAGGUUUAUGUUGCACUGUGAAACUGACUUUGUCAUUCUCUUGUAGGGCCUUGGAUUACAAGUUGUGAAAUAUUUGGCUGCCAAAUAUGAAGAGCUAGGGUGUGAAGUGAAAUGGAUGGGCAAGCCUGAUAAGGUGAUCUAGUCACAUUGGUCUGGUUACCGCUGUUAACUUCACUUCAUGUGAACCUUUAGCUUAAUACAUAUUUCUCUUGCACUUGAUUACCAAGAUGAAUUUUGAGCAAGGCUAGUUUUUGCUUUGAAGCAAAGUUUGGUGUUGAAAUUUUGUAGAUUGUUGCUCAUAUGUUUAUAGGCUAGCCUUUGUAGGUUUUGGGGUUUUCUUUUGUGACAUAUGUUCAAUCAUGAAUUUGGAAAGAAAAUUAAUGGAAAGCCCCAAUUUUUGAAUGAUUAUGAAAUGCAUUUCUUUUCCUAG